UCCCCAGUAUGUGAACAUAUUUCCGUGUGGGCAGCAGGGAUGCAUUUAAAAUGCCCCUAUUUUUUGUUUUACUCAAACCAAUCGGCGUAAAGUCUUUCCCCGCAAAUUCUUGAAUCCGCAGUAGCGUGGAGAUCAGCCCGUGCACUGUCACACUGCGAAAGUCUCGUUCAAACUGCAAUCGAUCACCGGGCUUAUUUUAUUUCUAAAGCCACCCCCACUUAAUUCUACACAGGAGACUUUCCCCCUCUCUGUGUGUGUGUGUUGUGAGUGUGAGCCAAAUUCUCCAAACCAAGACGCAGCACGUGCUUCUCACAAACACACAACGCGCUUUAAUUUACAUUUUGCAUGAGCGCACCGGUUUUUGAACGCUUUGUUUUGCUGACCGCGGGACAUUGACCGACUGACUGACCGACCGGCCGAGAGCUCGUGCUGCGGGAACUGAAGGUGCGCGAGACUGUUUGGAUCUCAUUCACACACACACACACACAUACACACACACAGGAUGAGCGCGCGCGGAGAGGAAGCCGCCGGCGAGGCUUCAGGAUCGCAGGAGCAGCCCGAGCCUGCGCUGGCCGAGCCAAAGAAGAGGGGACCCGGCAGACCCAGAAAGCCGCAACAGGAACCCACAGGAGAGCCUGUCCCCAAACGACCAAGGGGACGCCCCAAAGGAAGCAAGAACAAGGUUCCCUCCAAAGCAGCGCAGAAGAAAGCCGAGACCACAGGGGAGAAAAGACCUAGAGGAAGACCCAGGAAAUGGCCACAGCAAGUGGUUCAGGAAAAGCCCGCUCAGGAAGAAGAAGAAGAGGAGGAGGAGGAGGCAGAGGAGGAUUAAGCAACCACAGGAUUUUACCUCUACCUCAUCCAGCUGUCAGCUCUCUCCAGGGGAAAAGACUGCCUUGACCACUUAUUAUUGACUUCCCACUUUUG